AUGACGGCAUGCAAGCCAUUCACAUCGAAGACUACAGAGGAGGUAAUGAAAGCGUGCAGAAAUGAGUGUUUCUACUGUUUAAAGCGGCUAAAUCAGAACAACACCAUAAUAGACCACACAAACAACAACAAGCGGGAGCGAUGCAGUAAUGAUGAAAAAUAUGCUGUCGCCAGCUGCAAAGAGUGCAGUAAAAAGAAAGGCGAUAUGACAGCCUAUGAAUUCCAAGACAAGGUUCUCCAAGUGGCACCUCGCUGCCAAGAAUUCACGAGAGAUGGAUACAGAUGCAAGAAACCGGUAAUGGAGCGCAGAAGGCGCAACCAUAGCGAGUUUGUUUGCCCGAAGGACAAACAAACUCGUUAG